AUGGCUCAUGCGGGGCGCGCCGCUGUCCUCUUAGCGCUCUUCGCCCAUAAAAGCAUUGCAGCACCCACGACAAUUAGGGCCGCGCCGUACGCGGGAUCCUCUACCGCGGAUCUGUUCCCUCCUUCGGACACUGCAGUUGAUUCGGCGCUUUUCCCACCCGAAUCUGUAGUCGGCUUCCCGGGCCCCACACCAACCGGAGUCGAGCCCGCGGCUAUUCAAACCGCGCCCGCGUAUCCCUACAACGAGAAGGGCGCCUACCAAUUUCCCCUGAUCAACCCGCAGCAUCAUAGCGAGGAUGCCGAGUCCACGUUCGACAUCACCAAGUACUGGGGCAAUCUGUCGCCGUGGUGCUCUCUACGCUCGUCCGACUAUGGCUUGCCCGAUGCCAGCCCACUCGCACCAGAGGGCUGCGACGUCAUCCAGAUGCAUCUGCUUUACCGCCACGGCGCGCGGUACCCGACCAGCAGUGCGGCGCCUGCCACAUUCGCCCAGAAGAUCGUGAAUGCCACCAAGAGCGGAUUCACCGUUUCGGGAGAACUAGCUUUCCUCGGUAACUGGACGUACAAACUCGGUGCUGAGCUUCUCACGCCAUUCGGCCGCAGCCAGAAUUUCCUCCUGGGCAUCCAGUACCGAGAGCUGUAUGGCCACCUUCUGAACAACUUCACUGAGGCCGGGACCAUCCCCGUCUUCCGCACCGAGUCGCAGGAUCGCAUGGUCAAGACGGCGGAGAACUUCGCGGCAGGCUUCUUCGGUGUGCCUGAGUACCUGGACCAAGUCAACAUUGAGAUCCUGGUCGAGAAUCUCGGGUUGAACAAUUCCGGAGCACCGUACGAGGUGUGCAACAACUCGAACAUCGCCUCCAGGGGAAGCAUCGGAAGCACAGUAGCCACGCAAUUCGCGCAGAAUGCUUUUAACGCCACGCUUUCACGACUCCAGUCGCAGGUCUCCGGUCUCAACUUCACUCCAACCGACGCCAUUGCCAUGCUCCAGCUGUGCUCCUACGAGACCCACGCGCUCGGAUACUCCGCCUUCUGCCCCCUGUUCACCAAGCAGGACUUCCUCGCCUACGAGUACUACUAUGACCUAUCCUUCUACUACAACAACGGCCCCGGCUCACCCGUUUCCGCCGCCCAGGGCAAAGGCUUCCUCGACGAGUUCAUCGCCCGCUUUACCGGCGAGUAUCCUGCGCCGCGGUCGGCGCUGAACGAGACGUUCGACAACAGCUCCACCUAUUUCCCGCUCAACCAGUCGAUCUAUGCGGAUGCCACGCAUGAAGUCGUCGUCCUCGAUACGCUCACCGCAUUCAACCUCACCGCCUUGUUCGCCGGCCCGCCGCUGAGCCCCGCUGGAAAUGGCGACCAGAAUAGCUUCGUGGCUAGCAGGGUUGUGCCGUUCGCGACGCAUUUUACUACGCAGGUCCUUUCUUGCCCGGCUUAUUCGCCUACCAAGCAGAUUAGAUUCAUCGUCAACGACGCUGUCAUUCCCAUUACCAAUUACGCAGGUUGCCCAGCCGACCCGAACGGUCUCUGCUCGUUCGACAAUGUCGUUUCAGUGCUCCGGAAACGCAGCGCUGACAUUGAUUUCGACUAUGACUGCUUCGCUGACUACGUUGCUACGCCGGGUGUCGACUACAAUGGGAGGGCGCCUAGGUCUUAG